CUCAGCCUCUGUGGGAGCCCCGUCUGCAUCCAGAAGUAUGCACUUUUCCGCAGACUUUUACCACCCGCCUGGGGCUGUGGGGAUGCCGAGGCCGUUCCCAGGACUCACCAUCCCCGUGGACAUCCCCCCCUUCCACUUCCAGCCCCGGCGGGCCAGCGUGGACUGGCGUCGCUUCAGCGCCGUCGACGUGGAGCGGGUGGCGCGGGAGGUGGACGUGGCCGCCCUCCAGGAGCACAUCGCCGGCGUCACCUUCUGCAACCUGGACGGGGAGCGGUGCCCCCACUGCGGGCAGCCGGCGGACCCCAUCCUGCUGAAGGUGCUGAGGAUGGCCCAGCUGAGCAUCGAGUACCUGCUGCACUGCCAGGAGCGGCUGGGGACCAGCCUGGCCACUCACGCCCGGCGCCUGCGAGCUGCCCACGCCGAGCUGGCUUGCACCCAGCAGCAAGCAGCAGAGCAGGCAGCACAGCUCCGGGGGGCGAAGGAGGAGAGCAGGAGGUGGAAGAAGCUGAUGGCCAUGCAGCAGCCCCUCCUGCAAGCCGGCCCCAACACCUACUGCAAGUGCCACCUCUGCGAUAAAGCCUUCGUGAACGACUCCUUCCUGAAAGCCCACGUGCAGCGCCGGCACGCAGAGGCCACCGAGGCAGAGAGGCAGAAGGUAAAGCAGGUGGAGCAAAUGGAGGACAAGGUGGAGGAGCUGAAGGCGAAACUGCGGGAGAUGCAGCAGCGGCUGGAAGCAGAGAGGGAAGCAGAGAUGCUGCGCAGGGAGCAGGAAAUGGAGAGAGCUCGCCAGCGAGAAGAGGAGGGCAGGAGAGAUUUGGAAAGGUGGAAAGAGGAGGAGAGGACAAAGCUUCAUGGAGAGAUAGAUGGCUUGAGGCAGCUCUUCCUCGCAGCAUUCAAGGACGUGGCCAGCAGGAGCAGUGCCAUGGAGGGGGUGAGCAAGUACCCUGCAAGGAAGGCGAGGGGAUGUCCAAGCUUGCUGCUUCACCUACACCAGGUGGCAUCACAGGUUGACAGCCCAAAGAAGCCUCGUUUCUUUGCUCCUGGAGCAGCCAAGCGUUUUGGGGUUGGAAGCAGUCACUGGCCAAGGUUGGGCUCCCCUGGGGGAAAGCGGAGCCUCCUGUGGGACACGCAGCUCCUUCCUCCCCCCCGGCUCCAGAAACUGCAGGAGCUUCAGGCCAGCGAGGUAGUGGAGUCCAACCUGGGGACCCUGCAGGAUGAUGACACUGAGGAGGCACGGUGGCGGGCACCAAGGCGGGCAGAGCUGCGAGGCAAGCGGGAGAGGAUGGGGGUGCAGAUCAAGCUGCUCUCUGCAAGCAAACCUGAAGUGACCCGGGAGGUGACCGAAGUGGUGGCUGAUGAAGAGUCGUCAGACAGGGAGGAGGCCACCCUGUGUGGGAAGCAGAGGCUGCUGGAAGCCCUGCGGAGAAACCCAAACCUUCUGAAGCAGUUUCGCCCCAUCCUGGAGGAAUUGCUGGAGGAAAAGCUGGAGAGCAUGGGAGUCAAAAGGGUUAUGAAAGGAAUCUCCACUCGGACCUACAAAAGCCUCCAGGCUCUGGUCAGGCUUCAGCAGAGACAAAAGGCUAAGAAAUUUCCCGAUUUCCUCCACCUGAGGGACGAGCUGGUCCGAGCAGUCAUGGGGAAAGUCAGGCAACGCGAGAAGCCCAGCAGUGCUUUGUCUUGGCAGCUCUCCAUCAUCCCAGCCCAAAGCCCGAAGAGCCUCCGGUCCCUUCGUGGGUCACAGCCCAUGGUGAUACCAGCUGCAGUAGAGCCUGAAGCCUCGGUGAUCCUCCAGCCCACGCCUCGGAGCAGAGCCCACUCCACCCACAGCCGCCUGAGGACUGCCUGGGGCACCCUCCGCACCUCCAAAGCCAGCAGCCCCCUCCGAGGACUUGUCCCACCACAGAGCUCGGAAGCGACGCUGGGAGGGGAGCGGCCCACCCGGUCCCCCGUGAGGCUCAGCCCUAAGCAAGAGCCAGCGCUCUCCGCAGCGGUGCUGGGGGAGGAGACCGACUCCAACGGGUCAGACCCGGACUCGCCAGAGGAAACGGCUGGUUCAGGGACAGCCGCGUCCACGAUGGUGAGGCUCUUGGAGAGACGUCUGGAUGCAGCGGCCCAGAGACCACCCGGCGGGGCAAAACUCUUCCCGGCUGUGAGCUUGGCCUCACCCAAAACCAGCCAGCCCGCCAAGAAACUCCAGUGAAAUUCUAGGCCUUCAUCUGGCAAAGUAAAAAAAGAAGAAAAAAAAAAAAAAAAGUGAAGCAUGAGGUUUAUGGGACAACUUGUAAGACAUGGAAAUAGAGAAGGGGUGUCCUGUGCGGUGUCCUGCUGUAACUCCGUCUGGCCCUCUUCGCUCUCAUUUUUGCGUCACCCUGAUGGAGGAGAAAUCCCUGUGGAUUCUCCCAGGUGGGCACAGGGUGCAAAGGCGGGUUGUGGGUCCGGCCCUGUCGCUGCCCCCCUUCCCCCUCUCCGUGCUCCUCUCCAGUUUGCAGGUGACAGCAGCGACCUGGAGACCUCCUCCCUGCAGGACCUGGCCGAGCCACCACUGAUGCUCAGGGGACCACCUGGGUCCCCAGGGCCCCGGGGGUGCUGGGCUGCAAGGGGACAUGUGGUGGUGGCAGGGAAGUGACAGUCCUCUGCCAGCAGCCACUGGAUGGUGCCACAAGACCAGAAACGGGCAGCAACCGCUCUGCAGCCUCCCCAGGGCUCCUCCCGGGCUCCGGCCGCCCCUCUUUUGGGGAACACCCCAAUAUUGGGGCUCUCCCAGACAGCACAAACCGGUUGGGGCCUCCCUGACCAGCCGCGGUGGAUCGCAUCACGGACGAUAGAUGCUGCAUGGCCUGAAAAGGAGUGAUUUCUGUUCUCCCUUCGUCAUGCACUUGAGGAAUAACACAGCGUCCGACGGUGCGGUGAGCUUUUUGGAACCCCCAGCAGCUCUCCCUGGGCUUUGCUUCCAACAGGCUGGGGCCGACUGUCCACACCGGACACGGCCUGGCACUUGUGUGUGGCUUUUUUUAUUCUUUAAGCAGUCCAGAAAACAGUCAGGGAUGGGAGAAAGCAGCUCUUCUCGUUGCAUCUCUCUCUGCCAGUGCUCCUGAGGGUGAUGGAAAAGGUCUCGGUUUCUGCUCUAGGAUGAACCUGUCCUGAAUACACUUAGAGUAACACACCACAGAUGCUGUCUCCUUCCUCCUUUCCUUCUUGAAUUGUUGGAAACUCCAACCUAAAGGAGGAUUUUUUGGCACUGUAAACAUCACCACAUAAGCCUGCCUCCGCUGAUAAUGCUCAUCUGUGUAAAUUAAGUUCACUUUCCUAAUUCUCUCUGCAUUUUGUACAUUUGUAGCAAUGCAUUUGUGAUCUGGAUCCCUUAAAAGCAUGGAAUUUUGGAAAAUGCAGUAAGAAAAACUGGCACUUCUCAGUUUCUCUUUUUUUUCCCAAUCCAUUCCACCACUGGUUCAGAAUUCUACCAUUCCUUACUUCUCACGUUUGCAUGUGGGUUUUAAUGCCAGGGAGCAGAAUGCCCAACCAGGGCUGAGCGGAACAGGGUGAAUUAAUUUCAUUUCACUGAAGAGCAAAAAUUCCUUCCAGAUAACUGUUCACAAACAUGCAGAAGAUCCCUCCUGUUUUGCAAAUCCGAGCAUCCCCUGAUAUGUGCACAUUCACCUGUGUGCUUAUAGCCACCCACCUGGUGUGUCUCUGUAGCUGCGUAUCUCAAAAAAGAUUUUUUACAGUUUAAUCAUUGGAGUUUAAGAAGUAGACCUCGCUUGUGUUAUUCAUCGCUAACAGUGCUAUUGCCAGAUGUGUUACUUCAUGCUCAACUUAACA